GUUGCCGCCCUCUUCAUUGUUGUACCCUAAUAAUUCCUUGGUAUAAUAAACGACAAUGGAACCGUGACACAAAAGUCACAAGAUUUUUUUCCUAAUGUUUGAUUUUUUUCAAUUGAUUCUCUCUCUCUCUCUCUCUCUCUCUCUCUCUCUCUCAUGCAAAACUCGUUGUAGCGAGUUUUAAUUAAAUUACCCGCUAUUCAUGGAGAAUUGCGACGUAAGAAGAAAAACAAUGGCGACACCCCUGCUUUCGGCGACAGGUCUUCAGGCGCUCGGCAUUCUUCGCCGUCUACAUUAGAGCCGACAGAGAGAAAAGGAGGACGCAGCUGGCACUACCCAUCAGACCAUAACUAUGAAAUCUGAGAAAUUUUGCGCAGUUUGGCUACUGGUUUUGGAAUUAGCAGUCGGACCUGCCGCUGCGGAGUUGGUCGGCAGCCCCAGCGACGCUUCGCGGCUCUGCCAGUUCCCGGCGAUUUACAAUUUCGGAGACUCAAAUUCGGAUACCGGUGGGAUCUCGGCGGCCCUGACGGAGGUUACUGUGCCCAAUGGCGAAUCUUUCUUCGGCAAUCCUUCCGGGAGAUUCUGCGAUGGCCGUCUGAUCAUUGACUUCAUAGCUGAGGAUCUGGGAUUGCCAUACCUGAGCGCAUACCUAGACUCAAUUGGCGCAAAUUUCAGGCACGGUGCGAAUUUUGCCACUGGUGGCUCCUCCAUCCGGCCCGGCGGUUACAGCCCUUUCCACCUUGGCAUUCAGAUCUCCCAGUUCGUACAGUACAAGUCUCGCACUACGGCGCUCUAUAACCACUUAAAAUCCCGCAGAAAGUCCCCGCCAUUCAAAAGUGUUCUCCCAAGACCCAGUGAAUUCUCAAAAGCUCUAUACACAUUUGACAUUGGGCAGAAUGAUUUGGCCUACGGUUUUCAGCACACGUCCGAAGUACAAGUUCGAGCUUCCAUUCCUGAUAUCCUCAACCAGUUCUCCGAAGCAGUUCAUCAACUAUACAAGGAAGGGGCAAGGGUGUUCUGGAUACACAACGCAGGCCCCAUUGGUUGCUUGCCAUACAAUGUUAUAUACUAUCCGUUGAAGUCUGGUAAUUUAGAUCAAAAUGGGUGUGUGAAGCCUCAUAACGAGGUGGCCCAAGAAUUCAACAAACAGCUUAAGGACAGGGUCUCUCAGCUAACGAAAAAACUACCAGAUGCGGUGUUCACAUAUGUUGAUGUAUAUUCAGCCAAAUACGCAUUAAUAAGCAAUGCAAAGAGUCAAGGUUUUGAUGAUCCUUUGAAGUUCUGUUGUGGCAGUUACUAUGGCUAUCACAUAGAUUGCGGGAAGAAAGCAAUAGUAAAUGGAACAGUUUAUGGUAAUCCAUGUGGUGAUCCAUCAAGACAUAUCAGCUGGGAUGGCGUACACUACUCUCAGGCUGCCAACAUGUGGGUCGCUAAACAAAUUUUGAACGGAUCAUUCUCUGACCCCCAAGAUCCUGUCAGGGUGGCCUGUCAUAGUCCCAAGAGCUACUGAUGACCAAAUUGCUGUUGUUCAUCUGCAGAGAGGUUACCAGAGUAGAUUAGUACUCUGCCCUUUUUGCGUAAUAUAAAUUAUGAAUCAUAAUUAAGAUCAGAUGCCCUGAAGCUGUACUUUAUUUUUUUGAUUAAGUAAUGACACUGUCCUUUAUUAUGGGGCCUCAUCCUACUCUUUAUUUAAAGUUCUUAACUUUGUUCUCUGAACAAA